CUUCUCCUUCUUUCUCACAGAACACAAACAUUCCCCAGUAUGGAGGCUCACAGAGCGGCACAUCCUGAGAGCAUCGGCGUCUCUCGCCCUCGCUAUCCUGGCAUACCUCUGCUACGAAUGAAGCCACCUUCGCCGCAAAGGAAGAAUAGCUGGGAUCUGCACUCCAGCGGAAGUCUCUCCUCUUCUCGUGCCUCUACUCCCCCCUCAGCAUCCUCCUUUCAUGCGCCUGACCCAGGUGUAGAAGGUAUCCCUGAUGGUCCUCGUCCUCUCACUCGACCGCAAGCACCUCUAGCCUUCCUUAUGGGCCAGGCUAUCCUCAGUUCAUCCCGAGGUGGCUUGUCGCUCGGCCACAUAUAUAGAUGGAUUGAAACUGCCUAUCCUUUCUUCGCUGCCGAUACUGCGGGAUGGCGCAAUUCGGUCAGACACACAUUGUCCACAAACAAGGUGUUUGAAAAGACAGAUCGCACCACAGACUACCCAUCAGGAAAAGGGGGUAUUUGGACAAUCAAGAAGGGCGAAGAGUGGCGCUGGGACGGAGUGGAGACCUUUACCAGGACAUUUCAGGCUGAUUCAGAAAGGGUAAAGUCCAGAAAUAGGACUCCGUCACAGACAAGCGAGACAUCCACGUCCUCAGCGGCGGUAAUAGAGCCCCAUAGUGGCCCCGAACCUGGCACUGAAGGUAUCCCAGAAGGUCCACGUCCUCUUGCACGUCCUCAAGCACCAUUGGCAUUCCUCAUGGGUCAAGCCAUCCUUAGCUCUUCCUUUGGCGGUCUAUCUUUAGAGCACAUCUAUCGCUGGAUUGAGACUGCUUAUCCAUUUUUCGCCACCGAUACAGCUGGAUGGCGAAACUCUGUAAGACAUACCCUAUCUAUACACAAGAUGUUCGCCAAGGUUGAAAGGACCGACAAAUACCCUCGAGGGAAGGGAUGCAUCUGGACGAUUGUUAAGGGCGAAGAAUGUCAUUGGGGAGAAAAUGAGACGUUUACCAAGAAUUUCCCACCGGGGCACCCACAUUAUGCCUUAUGUCGACAGACUGUUUGGGAUAAGGAACGAAAAGGAGAAGGAAAGAAGGGGGGAAAGAGAAAGAAGAGAUUAUCAGAUGAGGACAGCGAGCUUAACUCGGUCCCCGAAAGUGGCCGUAUGGCCCCUAUUGAAUCAAUUAGCCCCAAGGUGCGAAGCGCGCAUCCCCUCAGUAACGUCCCUCUCCCCACAGAUGUCCCAUCUGUCACGAGCAUGCACGAGAAACGGCCGUCACUCCCUCCUUUACGCAGUUUCUCGGGUCCUACACUGCCGCCACUUUCUUCUUUCAAUCUCCAAUCCGACUCUAGCUUUAAAGGUGUUCACCGGCGCUCCGAGUCGCUUCAUUCUCUUCACUCUCGUAAAUACUCAUCCGAAUUUGAACUUCCACCAAUUAAGCGCUUCCGCGUAAGCGAAACCCUUCCUUCUAUCGAUUCACCCGCUUUUUCGGCAUCCCAUGAUAUCAGACCCACCCUUCCUCCAAUCCGCGAUCACCUUGCUCGAGAGCAGACAUCUGCCUCCGGAUCGGUUGCGUCCCCACCACCUUACCUCCCUCCCAUUCCUUUUGGCGCAAAUGUCGCUUCGCUUUAUGAACGUACCUCUCUCUACCCUCAAAAGCAGAUAUCCUAUGAACGAUACUCUAGCUCUUUGGAUGAUGACACUCCAAACGAUGUGUACCAAUAUAACAAAUUUGAUGCAGCUUUUGGAAAGGCGAAUGAGAGAAUGCAAGUGGUAGAGGUUGACGGAAUAGGGGAAGUUAGGGAAGACAUGGGACGAAGGAAGCCUUGGAAUGGGUUCAGAUUUUGGGUACCUUGAGUCGUUGUUGUGCUGUGUCCGGCACUUGAUUUUUAUCUUGUUUUCUUGUUGUGUCUUUUUGGUUUUCUUUCUCUUGUCACGGACAUUUGUUCUUGUACGGUUUUAGAUUUAUAUGCUUCAUUGGCGGUGGUGACGACAGAAGAAGGAAAAGAAGAAAAAGCGGACAAUCUGCGACACGAACAAGUAUUAUGAGCUGCUGUAAGGUCUUCAUCGGCCAGACAUUUAUUGCGAUACACUUGUUGAAUUCUGUAGAGGUUAACUUUGGUCUGGCUCUUAUUAUGAUGGAUCGUCAUGCUCCCUGUAACUGCUGCCAUGCCAUCAUCACCACUCAUGAGCGAAAGAAAAAGAAGAUACAU